UAUUCUCAUUAUUGUAAUCCUCCAUGCUAUUCUAAAUACUAUCUUCACAUUUUUAGGAGUGUGUUUUAGAUAAGAUACUAUUAAUAAACUAUAAACAUUAUUGGAUUCCCAAGAUAGAGCUGAAUAAUUAUAUUGGUUCCUAACUGUGAUUGACAUUGUUAGUUGUCUUAUCUUCUAUUAUUUGGCAAUCUCAGCAUAUAGAACCAAAUCUUAUUUAAUGUAUUAAUUCCUACUCAAAUGGGU